GCGCCUGCCCUUGGCCAAGCAGCAGCAGACCCUCCCGGCUGGGAGAGGAGGAAAGAGAGGGCUCUGACUCCACCUUCCCUUUACCUGCCUGACUGCCAGGCUCCCUGCCUGCUUGGAUCCCCACUUGGUUUCUCCUUCCCUGGGAGGAUCUGCUUGCAGAGGCAUGUCAAGGCUGCGGGACAAACCCACGAGAUUGCUUUAAGUUUUCCUUCCUGGAGGUGUUGGAAAGAGGAUGUAGCAAGUUUGAGGAUGGGGCUUUCUACUGAGCAGAGCUCACAAUGGCCAGAGAAGACUCGGUGAAGUGCUUGCGCUGUUUGCUUUAUGCCCUCAAUCUGCUCUUCUGGUUGAUGUCCAUCACUGUGUUAGGCGUUUCUGCCUGGAUGAGGGACUACUUGAAUAAUGUUCUCACUUUAACUGCAGAAACAAGGGUGGAGGAAGCUGUUAUUUCCACUUAUUUUCCAGUUGUCCAUCCAGUCAUGAUUGCAGUCUGCUGCUUCCUUAUCAUUGUUGGAAUGCUGGGCUAUUGUGGAACAGUGAAAAGAAGCCUCUUAUUGCUUGUAUGGUAUUUUGGAAGCUUGCUUGUGAUAUUCUGCGUUGAGUUGGCCUGUGGUGUUUGGACCUACGAGCAGGAAGUUACAGUUCCUGUGCAGUGGUCAGAUAUGGUCACAUUAAAAGCCAGAAUGACCAAUUAUGGUUUACCUAGGUAUCAAUGGCUUACUCAUGCUUGGAAUUUCUUUCAGAGGGAGUUUAAGUGCUGUGGAGUGGUGUACUUUACUGACUGGUUGGAAAUGACAGAGUUGGAUUGGCCUCCUGAUUCCUGUUGCGUCAGAGAAUUCCCAGGAUGUUCCAAGCAGGCCCACCAUGAGGAUCUUAGUGACCUUUACCAGGAGGGUUGUGGUAAAAAGAUGUACACUUUCCUGAGAGGAACUAAGCAACUGCAGGUGCUCCGAUUUCUUGGAAUCUCCAUUGGAGUGACCCAGAUUCUGGCCAUGAUCCUCACUAUUACUUUGCUAUGGGCACUGUAUUAUGACCGACAGGAUCCAGGAAGAGACCAAAUGCUGUCCUUGAAGAACGACACCACACAGCAUCUGUCCUGUCACUCAGUGGAGCUGCUAAAGCCCAGCUUAACAAGGAUCUUUGAACACACUGCCAUGGCCAACAGCUUUAACACACACUUUGAAAUGGAGGAACUGUAGAGUGAUCAGCCAGUCCAAGAACUGAGUGUUCACGAAUUUUUCAGGUUUCUGAAUCCAUCAUUCUAAAGCAGCUGUAUUAGAAAUGUAAAGGGAUAACAAACGAAGACAUAAGGAAGGAUACUUUUCCCCUUUAAAAGGUUGUGAUUUUAAGUUUCUAAGUAUAGAUUUAAUAUUAAGAAUAGACUGUUUCACACACUGGGAGCAAAUAUGCUCUCUAUGAGACUACAUAAACUGUGUAGAAUGCUGAUCAUAGCAGAACAGGGCUCAUAAUCCUUUAAUAUAAAAAUAUUUGUCAAGAAUCA